CAAAAAUACAAAUUUGUUCAAAUUUAAGUACCAAUUCGCUUCGUUUUGAGUUACAUUUUUGAACUAUGAUGCGUAUAUAAUGUAUACAAAAUGGAAAAGCCUUUACCAGAAGGAAAACCGAGCCAAAUUGAUGGGGCAAAAAAUGGUGAAAAACAGCCAGACGGCUACAAACAGUUGAGUUAUAAGUAACUCGUAUAUUUAAUAUUUAUUCGAAUAUUUUUGUAACGAACAAUAUUGUGGGUUGAGUAUUGAACUAUGGCAUGAAAUCAAUGGAGGUUUUAUUGAUAUUUGAUCAAUUUUUUAAAGGCACUGGGGGGGGGGGGAAGGGGUGGUCCCCAAAUGUGGGAGAUCUUUCAACUUAAUUUGUGCUCAGAAUGUAAUAUUUCACAUGCUGUCUUUCCUAUAGAAACAGUGCCAAUGUGACAAGUUUUGGCAAACUGAAGUUAUUGAGCAGAUUGACUAUACAAGAACUCAGAGCAAUACAAAGAUCAUUCCCUGUAAGUUUCAGGAAAAAGACUACUUUCCGUUCAUAUCUAGUUUGUCAUGUAAAGAGCAUUAUUGUAUAUUAUAAUAACAUGUUAUCUUCUGUGUUUAACAAAGAUAAUUCUUCUGGACACUGUUGAGCUGAAACGAGACAUUGAACAAUUUUGUGAGCUGCUGUCUAGCAUUGUGAUUGAUGGAAAUAAGGCUGAAUUUCGUGAGUUGUUUGACACUAUCGACACGGACAAAGAAGGUUUUGUGGACUGGGAUAAAUUUUGUUCCCACAUGCAGCGUGAUUAUCAGGAGAAAGAUGAUAGAUUGAAAACUACGCAGGUUUGUUGAAGUGGGGAAUUUGGCCACAGAAUAGAGACAAACAGAAGGUCUACUCGGCCAAAAAAAGCAUAACUGCUUCCACACUUGAAAUAGGCAUGAUUCCCAUUGAUUCUGUUUCACAUUGUUAUCAUGCAGUGUUAUACAGUGUUACACUCUUUUACACACUGGUAAAUGUUGCACAAUGUUACAAAUUGCUGCAUGUCGCACAAUGUUACAAAUUGCUGAGAUCUACGAAUUGUAAGCUCAACGAUCAUUAGAGCGUCUGUCCAGUUAUCUGAAGGUUAUGUGGUAUAUACUCGUUGGGACUCAGAUGGGUUUUUUGAGAUGUAUAUAAAGCGUGAUACGCAUCUGCACCAAAAUCAUAUAUGAUCUUUUGUAGGUACCACAAUGGAGAGAAAUGAAAAAUAUCAACAGGUAAAUACAACAGUUAAAACCUGAGAUAAAUCACUUGGUCAUUUUCUGGCCCACCCAAUGUAAAAAUCUCACAUCUUGUAACAAGUCUGUCAACAAGCCGUCAACAAGUUUGGAGCAAGCUGUUAACAACUUGUAACAGCCUUGUUGAUAUUAUUGUAUUUGUUGCAACAUUGUUCCAACAAGUCCAAUUCAGUCAUGAUAUAACAAUAUUGUUGCAACCUUGUGUCGUCAACCUUGUAACAUUCUUGUUAGAUCAUGACUCUAUCAAACUUGUUAGAACAUCCUUGUAGCAAGUCUGCAGAUAAUGCCAUCAAGCUUGUUCCAAGUUGUUAACAGGUUCUUCCAAACUUGUUACAACAACUGGGAACAAGCAGUGCGAACACAACUUGUUGACAGCUUGUGAGCAGAUUUGUAACAACUUGUUUGCAGACUUGUAACAACUUGUGCGUUUUAACAUGCAGUGUAUAUAGUUAAGCUCACACUGUUAACAACUUGGAACUGAAGCUUGAUGGCAUUAUCAGACUUGUUACAAGGUUGUUCUAUUACAAGUCUGAUACAGUCAUGAUAUAACAAGAUGUUGCAAGGUUGACAACACAAGGUUGUAACAAUAUUGUUAUAUCAUGACUGUAUCAGACUUAUUGGACCAACCUUGCAACAAAUCUGAUAAUAUCAACAAGCUGUUAACAACUUGUAACAAGGUCGAUGGCAUUAUCAGACUUGUUACAUAUGGUCGUUCUAACAAGUCUGAUACACGCAUAAAAAUGCACAGCUUGUAACAAGUCUGCAAACAAGUUGUUACAAGUCUGUUCACAAGCUGUCGACAAGUUGUGUUCCCAGUUUGUUGUAACAAGUUUGGAACAAGCUGUUAACAACUUGUAACAAGCUUGAUGGCAUUAUCAGCCUUGUUACAAGACUGUGCCAACAAGUUUGUUACAGCCAUGAUAUAACAAGGAUGUUACAAGGUUGUCAACACAAGGUUGUAACAAUCUUGUUAUAUCAAGCAUGUAACAGACUUGUCAGAACAACCUUACAACAAGUCUGAUAAUUUUGGCAAGGUUGUUACAAGUUGUCAACAAGUUGUUCCAAAUCUGUUGACAACUUGUAACAAGCAAUGCAAAUACAUCUUGUUGACGGCUUGUUGGCAGACUUGUUACAAGAUGUGAGAUUUUUGCAUGUGUACAGUAACAUGACAUAACAAGAAUGUUACAAAAUUGACGACACAAAGUUGUAACAAUAUUGUUAUAUCAUGACUCUAUCAGACUUGUUGGAACAACCUUGCAACAAGUCUGAUAAUAUCAACAAGCUUGUUACAAGCUGUUAACAGCUUGAUGGCAUUAUCAAGCUUGUUACAAGGUUGUUCUAACAAGUAGAUGCAAUUAUGCACAAUUCUCUACUUUACAGCCCCCACAAAGAAAGUAUUCAAAAGAUUACAAUGUUGAUGAACCCACCAAGAUAUGUGACUGUUAGUAAGGUAUAAAGAUAUAAACUAAACAAUAAAAACAUUUUAUGAAACACUGUUCCUGAGUUUAUGCAACCUGCUUACAACUUGAGUUGUACUGUGUAAAUCAAGCACACAACUCACCUACACACGUAAAAAUCUCACAUCUUGUAACAAGUUUGUCAACAAGCCGUCAACAAGUUGUCUUCGCACUGCUUGUCACAAGUUGUCAACAAGUUUGGAACAAGCUGUUAACAAUUUGUAACAACCUUGUCGAUAUUAUCAGGUUUGUGACAAAGUUGUUUCGACAAGUCCGAUACAGUCAUGAUAUAGCAGUAUUGUUACAACCUUGUGUCAUCAACCUUGUAACAUUCUUGUCCAUCAUGAAUGUAUCAGACUUGUUAGAACAACCUUGUGACAAGUCUGAUAAUGCCAUCAAGCUUGUUACAAGUUGUUAACAGCUUGUUUCAAACUUGCUGCAACAACUGGGAACAAGCAGUGCGAACACAACUUGUCGACAGCUUGUGAACAGAUUUGUAACAACUUGUUUGCAGACUUGUAACAACUUGUGCGUUUUUACGCGUGUACGACAACGUAAUUAGCAAGAUGUGCACUUGAUUUACACAGUACAACUCAAGUUGUAAGCAGGUUGCGCGACAGUUUUGGGCAAAAGUUGUGCAGCGUGAAUCGACCUUUAGAAAUAAGAUCUAAUAUAAACUUUUACUGUAAUAUUUUCUGCAUUAGGAAGGUGUUGCUGUUAUUUGGAACUUGAACAUGAAGCCAUUUAGAACAAUACGCGUAAGUAGAACGAAUUGCCGAAGGGUAUUAAUAUAUUGUAGAUGAAAAACUUUUGACUGUAAAUCAUAUAACAUUUACAGUGUUAUUAUUAUAAUUAUUAUUUUUAUUAAAACAUCUUUUUACACGGUAGCUAAUCAACUAAAAAAAUAUUUACAAAGUUGUCGUUGCUUUUCACUAAGCCGUGUAAGAUAUAGUUUUGUAUAUGUUUGUAUUACGUGCGGAAAUUGUUACCAUUUUCGGUUCAAAAAUGGUAACAAUUUCCGCACGUAAUACAAACAUACUGUAUACUGGCAAAAUAUGCAAACUUCGCAAGGCUAUAUUUUUCGUAUUUUACAACAUUUCGUAACUAAAUUUUGCAGUUUUACUAAUUUUAAUAAGUUCUUUACGGGAAUUUACUUUUUUUGCCUUAGAUGAAAAUUAGUCUAACAUGCAAGUUGUCUAUAGUAUUGCUUUUGCAUACAGGUAACUACGGAGCCAGAUGGAGUAAAACAGAGAGAUCUGUGGAUCACUGAUUUUGUUCCAAUGCAGAACAUCUAUAAAUUGGUAUUGGCUAUGACAAGCAAAGAAAUUGGUAAGAAUGGAAUUAUCAAUUAGGUUCUCCCGCCCUAAUUUUCCAGCCCGCAAGUCCUCACCCAAAAAACCGGGUGCUACACAGGCUAGGUGCCACCUUGUUGGCCCUACAGCCCUUUAAUAUAAUUAUCCUAUUCUAUUAAUUUCAGCAAUUUAUGACCUGAGUUCCAAAUCUGAAUUUCUCUGUCAAUAUCGGAUUCGUGGUUUGAAAUCUACACCGAUUUCGUUAAAUUUCUGGUAACUUAUAUUUGCUUAUAGCAUUGCUCAAUUUUUCAAUGAUCCAAAUGGAAUCGAACCCAGCUGUGUGAUUUGCUGUACUGUUCAAUAUUUCAACAUGCAUUCUUAAUACUUUUCAUUAGGUCCAAUCCUGAACAACCAAACGAGUCGAUUCUCGUGUUUGGUGACGUGGCCGGCUGCGUGAAUGCUUUGAUAUUUUGUGAAUCUACCAUCUCCUUAUUCGACCGUUCAGCGCAAGCCAGCUCGAACCAGCAAGGUGGGAAUUACACUUUAAAGCACGAGCCGAUUGUCUGUUUAGCAUACCUUAUUUCGGUAUCUCAUGAGCACGCUCAUAUAUGUACCAUGCAAAGUCCAGUAAUACUUUGAAAACGGAAUUUUGGCGUUUGAAAACCAAGUCAGACUGCGUUUGAAAAGGGAUUUGUGGCAUUUGAAAAGGUACUUCUGGCAUUUGAGAAAACCAAGUUAUGGCAUUUGAAAACCAAGUUCUGGCAUUUAUAAAGGGAGUUCUAGCAUUUAAAAAGGGAGUUCUGGCAUUUGAAAAGGGAGUUCUGGCGUUUGAAAAAGGAGUUCUGGCAUUUGAAAAGGGAGUUUUGGCAUUUGAAAAGGGAGUUUUGGCAUUUGAAAAGGGAGUUCUGCCAUUUGAAAAGGGAGUUCUGGCAUUUGUAAAGGGAGUUCUGGCAUUUGAAACGGGAGUUCUGCCAUUUGAAAAGGGAGUUCUGCCAUUUGAAAAGGGAGUUUUGGCAUUUGAAAAGGGAGUUCUGCCAUUUGAAAAGGGAGUUCUGCCAUUUGAAAAGGGAGUUUUGUCAUUUUAAAAGGGAGUUGCGGCAUUUGAAAAGGGAGUGCUGGCAUUUGUAAAGGGAGUUCUUGCGACUAAUAUGCUCAUGAGCAUUUUUAUGAGGACACUGGAUUUUGGUAUAUCUAUGAGGGUGCUCAUGAGCAUGCUGGAUUUUAGAUGAGCAUACCUUAUUUUAGCAUCUAAUGAGCAUUUUCAUGCGCUACUUACUGGAUUUUGCUAUAUAUAAACGAGGGUACUCAUGAGCAUAAUGCAUUUUGGUACUAAGUUGCAUGAUGUGUUAAUGUAUCACGAUGUUUUCUUGUAGACAUUACAUUGAUUGUGGACAUCGGUGAUAUCGCGAAAGGUCAUUAUAAAAACUGUCGUUUUGCCUUUCAUGAAGGACAUACGGAAUGGACCAGACAAGGUUUGAAACUUUUUUCUAUCAGGCCAAGACAUUUUGCUGUCGUGUAUCGUGGACCAGAUGUGUUCCUAAAAGUUAUCUACUUACAUUAGAAACAACAACAACAACAACAACAACGAUGACAACAACAACACCAACAACAACAACACCAACAACAACAACAACAACGACAACAACAACACCAACAACAACACCAACACCAACGACGACAACAACAACAACAACAACAACAACAACGACGACAACAACAACAACAACAACAACAACGACAACGACAACGACAACGACAACGACAACAACAACACCAACAACACCAACAACAACGACGACAACAACAACGACGACAACAACAACCACGACAACAACGACGACGACGACGACGACGACGACGACGACGCCGACAACGACAACGACAACGACAACAACAACGACAACAACAACAACAACAACGACACAAACGGCAACAAAACAACGACAACAACAACAUAAUAACAGAUUAGUGUGUGUAUAGUGAAACAUAUUAUUACAUUGGUGUUUUCUUGGCAGUGAUGUACACCGGUGUUCUGGAUUGCUUUAUAUCGUGUGCAACCAACUACAAGAAUGCCUUGGUCUUGGGAUGGAUGGAAAAAACUAAAAGUACAAUGAGAACGUAUGUACUGCUUUUUAGCGUUUUGUUUGCAUGUCAUCGUGCCGUUUGAUUUCUUAUUCUUCUUUUCUAGGACUGUAUUCAAGAUAUCUCAAGGUGUUAACGCAUUUGAUUACAACGAAAAAUUGAACUUGAUAGGUAC